GUCCAAUACUACAUAACUAAGUAGCAAAUAAAAUAGUUACCCUCUAGAAUCUUGACAAAAUUCUAUGUGGCGGGACCUUUUUAUUGAUCUUCUUAUUGCGAAGGAGGAAAUGAAGUAAGGAGGAAUAAUAGGUAACGUCAAGGUAGACACCACACCUUUGAGCGAUCUACCAGUACACAGGGCAGGGGCUGGUAAACCCCAAGGCGACGACAGCAAUGAUGAUGCUCACUUGGCGACGGCUGGUCCUGUUCCCAUUAUUCAUCAUGGCGGCGACUUCAGCGACUACUCUACGGAACAUCAUGUAUCUCACAGGACAACACCCAGUUAUCCCAGAAGAUGUCUCUCUCAGAAGCCCCAUCACACACGUUGCUCUGGCAUUCAUGAAUUCAAACACCUUCAACCGAGAAGAGGAAAAUUCCUCAUGGCCGAUCUUCAUGUCCGUGGAAGAGGCCCGUGCCAAGUUUGAACCCGGGACGAAGAUCAUGGUCGCUAUCGGCGGCUGGGGCGAUACAGCUGGUUUCGAUACAGCAGCUCGCACAGAGGAAAGCCGGGCUAGAUUUGCGCGCAACGUAGCCUCCAUGGUCCGCGAUACAGGUGCUGACGGCGUCGACAUCGACUGGGAGUAUCCAGGCGGCAACGGCGAAGAUUACAAACAAAUCCCCAACUCGGAGAAAGCAUGGGAAAUCACCGCCUACCCCCUCUUACUCGCCGCGAUCAGGGCAGCCCUCGGCCCGGACAAGCUCAUAUCAGCCGCAGUACCGGGUAUACCGCGGGACAUGCUCGCCUUCACAUCAGACACGCUCCCACAAAUCAUGCAAUCUCUAGACUUUCUCAACGUGAUGACCUACGACCUGAUGAACCGCCGGGACACCGUGACGAAGCACCACACCGGCGUCCGCGCCAGUCUGGCCUCGCUAAACGUAUACAUGUCCUCCGGCGCGCCUCCCGAGAACCUCAAUCUCGGUUUCGCCUUCUACGUGAAAUACUUCCGCACAGAAGGUUCCAACUCCUGCAUGGCGAACCCCAUCGGGUGCCCCACAGGAUUAAUGGAAGAUCCCGCGACGGGCGCGGAUCUCGGGAAGACAGGGGGUUUCUCGUACCACGACGAUAUCCCGCACGACGAGAUCUGGCGCUCGUACGAGAACGCGGUAUCCGAGGGCCGGUAUGACGAGGAGGGCGGCGGGUACUGGUAUUACGACGCGGACCAGGCUCUUUGGUGGACCUUCGAUACCCCCGAUGCCAUCGCGCGGAAAUUCCCGCUCGUUGUACAGGAGAAGAAUCUCGGGGGCGUGUUUGCGUGGGGUCUGGGCGAGGACGCGCCUGCGUUCAAGCAUCUGAGUGCUCUCAAUGACGGCGUUAAACGGCUCGCUAAAGUGAAAGAUGAGCUGUGAAUCCUCCGCUCACAUAAUCUCUAUAGCGCAAUGGGAAAUUCUCGAUUGAUUUAUUCUUAUAAGCUCAAUGCUACAUUACA